UUUCAGACACAUAUUCUAGAUCUGGCAAAGAAAGGGACAAUUAUGCCCUCUUCUCCUCUCCUGUUAAUGUUUGAGAUCUCCCAAUAAUCUCCCAUUUGCAUACAAGCAAAACUUAGAAACCCUAAUUCUUUGACCUAUAUAUAUCUUCAUUUUAUCCCCUGAAAAAGAAAGAAACUACUAUGAAAGCAGAAUUAAGAGGAAACUCACAGUCCAUUCCGUUACAAGACCCUAACCAUUUGGCAACCACACAAAGUUCUACCUCAGGUGCAUUGACAGGAUGCCUUAGCACCCUCGACGGAGCAUGCAUAGAGAAGCUAUUACUUCACUGUGCGAGUGCCCUUGAGACCAACAACGUUACGUUGGCUCAACAAGUAAUGUGGGUCCUCAACAACGUUGCCUCUUUCGUCGGUGAUCCCAACCAAAGGCUAGCCUCAUACUUCCUUAGGGCUCUCGUUUCAAGGGCUUCUAGGGUUUGUCCAACCCCUGUGAAUUUCAACACGGCCACCGGAGGUGCAGCCGGAGGUGGUCCAGCCUUCCACAGAACACUGAUGUCUGUGACGGAGCUAGCCGGGUACGUAGACCUAAUCCCUUGGCAUAGGUUUGGAUUCUGUGCAUCAAAUGGUACCAUUCUCAAGGCAAUUCAAGGGUUUCCAAGAAUUCACAUCUUGGAUUUUAGCAUCACUCACUGCAUGCAAUGGCCAACUCUCAUAGAUGCAUUAGCAAAAGGGCCUGAAGGCCCUCCAAUGCUGAGAAUAUCUGUUCUUUCAUGGAGGCCAAAAGUCCCACCUUUGCUCAACGCAUCCAUUGAAGAAAUCGGUCAUCGUUUGACGAAUUUCGCUAAGUAUAGAGACGUCCCUUUUGAAUUUAACAUAGUUGAAGUUGGAAUACCCCAAGAAUCCUCUUCUGAUAUUCUUCACUAUGAUUUGCUACUAAGACAACUGAACUCUUCCCAACUCAAUCUUAAGGUUGACGAGGCGCUUGUAGUAAACUGCCAAAACUGGCUACGAUAUCUGCCCGAUGAGCCAACGUGCAGUUCUACUUCUAGCAAUCUAAUUUCUUGCCGGGAUUCUUUCCUCGACAUGGUAAAAAACCUAAGUCCUCGUAUCGUGACCGUGGUCGAUGAGGACUGUGAUCUGGGUGCAAUGACCGGACUUGAAUCAAGAAUCACCUCUUGCUUUAACUACAUGUGGAUCCCUUUCGAUGCACUCGAGACAUUCUUGCCCAAAAACAGCCCUCAGAGGAUAGAGUACGAAGCUGAUAUUGGCCACAAGAUUGAGAACAUUAUCGGAUUUGAGGGCAUUCAAAGGAUAGAGAGGUUAGAGUCCUUUACUAAGUUGUCUCAACGCAUGGGGAACAAGGGUUUCCUAAGUGUCCCAUUUUGCGAAGAGACUAUUAAGGAGGUUAAAACGCUGUUAGAUGAACAUGCAAGUGGAUGGGGGAUGAAGAAAGACGAGGACAACACACUGAUUCUUACAUGGAAAGGCCAUAAUUCAGUCUACGCCACAGCGUGGGUCCCGCAUACUGUUGGGAAAAUUCUAUCUCACGAACUGACCACAUCUGACUGUCUCAGACGAUCAUAGAGGAGAAUCAAAUCAAAAGACGACGAUGAAAUUAAAUUCGGAUACAGUUGGACGUACGAUAGAUUCGUAAUGCAGAAUUUGAUUAGUAGUUUAUAUGAAAUUCAGAGCAGACUACGUUUCCUUUUUCGAUCCCGUGCUGCGUUUGGACGGAUGCAAAAUGCAGAAUUGUGACAAAGGAGGAUAAAAGGCCCUUUGUUGCAGAUGAGCUUUUCUAACAAUUGUAACAUGAUCAUCAAAGCCAUAAAGAAUAUUAUAUGACGAGAAUCUUGUCU